AGUUCGUUUUAGUAGUAAAAAUGCAGGCGUUGCAUGUUUUGGCAUUGCUGUUUCUGUCCGGAGUGUUCGGGAAGGAUCUUCAGGAGUGCGAGGAUCUGGGAAAGGGAAGCCAUCUCUGUCGGGAAAUCGAGAGCUUUGAGCAACUGAAUCGAUAUGUCCGUGAAAACUGGCAAAGUGUGAAGGUGGUCAAUGAACACACAGGAAUCGAAAGAGCAGAAGAUGGGGAACUGCCUGGUCUCUCCAGGCUUUUGCAAUUGGAUCUAUCUGAAUCCGGUGGUGUGACUCUGGGCGAAAAGGGAUUGCAAGAUUUUAAGGCGCUGCAGAAGUUAAAUCUUACCCACGCUCAGUUGGAUGAGCUAAAAUCAGAGCAGUUUUCCAACUCAUCUGAAAUGAUAAAUUUCGAUGUGAGCUACAACGACAUAUUGGCUAUUACUACCAAACUGAUGAGUGGAUUCGCCAACUUGGAGUACGCCAACUUUUCCGAAAACCUGAUAGCAGUCAUAGAACCCAAUGCGUUUAAGCAUAUGAAAAAGCUGAGAUUUCUCGAUCUAACCACCAACUAUCAGGAAAACAUAACUCUCGGCGAAAAUGCAAACUUGCUUUUCUUGUCUAUAAGUAACAAUAAUUUGAGAGAUUUUCAAUGGUGUCACUUUCGCGGACUGCCCAAAUUGGAGGAACUGCAUCUUCACAGCAAUUGGCUGGAGCACCUGGACAUGGGAAUAUUUUACGCGUUGCCCAAUCUUCGAGUUUUGAAUGUAUCCAACAAUAAUCUAUUUGAGAUCAAGCGAACACUCUUCAUGGCCCCGGGAGAAGUUGCGCCAUUGGAUCUACUUGACUAUAGCUCGAAUAAUGUUAAAGUCCUGGAUGACUCAGUGUUUUGCAGACUCAAGAAGCUAAGAACUCUCAAUUUGUGGCUAAACCAGAUAAACAGAAUCCAUCCGAGGGCCUUUUUGGGACUAAGUUCACUACAAACUCUGCACUUGCAGGGCAAUAAGAUCUCGGUUCUUCCCGAUGACGUCUUUGCCAAUCUAACUGAUUUGGAAAAACUCGAUCUCAGCAAGAAUAACAUAAAAAAGCUGGGAUUGCGUGUAUUUGGUGAAAGAAUUCUCCGCAAGCUGAUCUACCUGGAUUUAAGCAACAACUACAUUGCUGAUCUGCAUCCUCUUGCUCUUUCCUCUAUGCCUUUUAUUAAGGAACUUAGGCUCAGAAGGAAUAGGCUGGUCAGUCUGGAUCUUCGCAUGUUUGCACCCCUGCGGCAAUUACAAUUGCUUACGAUUAGCGAGAAUCGUCUGGAGGAGAUUGAAGGUGAAAUUCUGGACACGUUGGAUCGUCUCAAUCAUCUGGAGCUCAACAACAAUCGUCUCACCUUCUUGCCGGAUCUGAAGUCAUCACAAAAUCUUUUGCAAUUGCAAAACAUCACUUUGGAGGGAAAUCCUUGGCAGUGUCUGUGUCUGGACGAGAUUACCUCCUGGUUAAAUGGUCGCCACGUGUCUUACGCUCGACCCAGUAGUGCCUACUUCAGUGGAAGGAAGCCCCUCUGCGUUGUCACGCCCAUGGAUAAAUGCUUGCGCGAACUUCAAGAAACUAGAGCUCAAGGAAUCGUCGAAAGCUAUGAGAAGACAUAACCUGCCUAGACUUGACCUUCAUCAUAUUCACAGGACCAAGAAGUUUCAGAAUUCCAAUUUAAUUUGGGCAUAAAUCUUGUUUACGAGAUAUACAUUGGUAAUAACUGGCUUCAGUAGAGGUUCAAUAUACUUAUGGCUACCAAUUUAAAUCAUAUUUUUUCAUCAUUUAUCACAGUAGUAGUCACAUUCAUAUUUCUGAUUGUAAAAGGCAUUUGUGUCACCAGUUGAGAAGCAAUAAAUCAAUAUCCACUAAA